AUGCCACCUAAGAAGAAACUAAAGCUGACUGACGUCCAAGCCGAAUCUGCGCAGCCGGCCGCCGAUACACCCGCCAGUGAGGGCGCAGGCAAGCCAGACAAUGGGCACGAUUUGGUGGCGGAUCCCUGGACAGAUGAGCAGGAGACUGCUCUGCUGAAGGGGAUUAUCAAAUGGAAGCCAGUUGGCAUGCACAAACACUUCCGUAUGAUAGCAAUAUCCGAGUUCAUGAAAAGCCAGGGCUACGCGCCAUCGAAUUGCGAGCACACGCGGAUACCAGGAAUAUGGAAGAAGCUAGGAACACUCUACAACCUGCCUGCGCUCGAUGAACGUGAAGAUUCGUUGAUUACAGAACAAUCUGAUGACCCUGACGGAUCAAAAGACUUCUAUUGCCCGUUUGAACUGCCCGAAGAUGAAUACGGCGACCUGAUGUUCGAGAGGAGACUAGCGAUGGAGGGAUCCGCGUCACCUAAUCCCAGUGCGCAAGCAGAGUCCAGAAGAGGCAGUACAAUAGCGGAUACAGAUGAACCACGCUCAUCCCCAGCACCGUCACGAGGCAGAAAAGGAACCCGCAGCGCUCGCCAAGGAACGCGAGGCACCCGUUCGAUGAGACUCCAAGUCGAGAUUGAAUCUCGUAAAGGAUCAGGCGCCGGGGAAGAAGACGUAGGGUCCGAGGAGACCGGGGCCAACGAAGAAGGCGACGAGGAAGGGUCAGAUGGGGCGCAAGACGAGAGCGAAGAGGACCACGCGGAUGGAGACACAGGCGGCUCACCGACUACAAGGAGCACACGUGCGCAGACGACCAAAUCCAGACAAAAAGGAGGCAGGGGCGGGGGAACAGGAACCAGAAGAGGUGGUCGGCGACGAUAG